AUGGCAGUCCCAGCAGCCCUGGCGGGACUCCAGGCAGAAGCCAACUGCCCCGUGUGUCUGGAUUACCUGAGAGACCCCAUCACCACCGAAUGCGGGCACAACUUCUGUCGCUGCUGCAUCCAACAGUCCUGGGCUGACCUAAGCGACGGAUUCCCUUGUCCCGUCUGCCAUCACACAUGCCCAGAGAGGCACUUGAGGAGCAACACGCAGCUGGGCAGGAUGGUUGACACUGCCCAGCUCCUCAUCACCAGGAACAAGAGGAAGAGUCAGGACGAGAGGCACCUGUGUGAGAAGCACGACCAGGUCCUGAGCCUCUUCUGUGAGGAUGACCUACAGGUGUUGUGUCCCAUGUGCGUGCAGCCCCCUGACCACCAGGGCCACCGGGUGAGGCCCACGGAGGAGGCCGCCUCUCACCACAGGCAGAGGCUCAGCAGUUACAUUGAGCCGCUGAAGAAGCAGGUGGCCGAUAUUCAGAAAUUAAUAGCUAUUCAAAGCAAAAAACCCGUAGAGCUGAGAGAGAAGGUAGAAAACCAAAAGCUGGAAUUACUUACUGAAUUUGAGGGUCUGAAGCAAUUUCUAGAACGUGAUCAAGAAGCAGUUCUUUCGAGGUUAGCUGAUGAAGAGAAGGACACUCAGCAGAAACUGAACGCAAACAUAACUGCCUUUUAAAACUACAUUUCCAUACUCAAAGGUCUGCUGAGUAAAGUAGUAGAGAGCAGUAUGCUGUCCGAGGUGGAAUUGCUAUCACAGACUAAACAUCUCUACAGGAAGUCUGAGGAGGGGCUCUGUCCACCAAUUUUCUCAGUCCAAUUACGAAGAGAAGGCUGUAGUUUUCCUCCCCAGUAUUCUGCGUUGCAGAAAAUUAUUAAGAAAUCUAGAGUGGACGUUACCCUAGAUCCUGAGACGGCACACCCUAAGUUGAUUGUCUCCGAGGAUAAAAAAUACGUGCGAUUUACAAAGAGAAAACAAAAUGUUCCUGAUUUUCCAAAAAGAUUUACAACCAACACAGUGGUCCUGGGUCUUCCAUAUUUUUAUUCCAGCAGGCAGUUCUGGGAGGUUGAAGUGGGAGACAAGCCUGAAUGGACUGUCAGGAUUUGCAAAGACUCCCUUGCCACGAAGGCCAGGAGAUGUCUGUCAUCAGCCUGGCAGGGAUGCUGAAGGCUGCAGCUGCUGGAGGAUAGAUACCAGGCGGUGGGAGAGGUUACAACACUGCUGCAGUUAGACGGGAAACCCACAGGCAUUGGCCUUUUCUUGGACUGUGAGCUGGGUGAGAUCUCAUUUUAUAACGUAGCUGAGAAAUCUCACAUCCAUACUUUCACUGGCACUUUUAUUAGACCUCUUAGGCCUUAUUUCUAUGUAGGACCCGAUUCCAAGCCUCUCAGAAUCUGUGCUGGAACAGAUUGUGAGUGA